AUGGAUACUAUCAAUGUACAUCCAGGAGGAGGGGACUCUGCAUCUCAAAUUUCCACAGGGUCCCCCAUUUCCGACAAAAAGGCUGCCGAUAUUGAAAUUGAAGCCAUUGACUCAAACGAAUUCCAAGAUAUCUCUGACGAGAAAAUCAUUGUACCUGGAGAAAAUGAUGUCUUUAUAGAUCCUCGUCUCAAAGAUUAUCCCAUUCCAUUGGUGGCCAAGACAGUUGACUUGCACAAUGACCCUACAGAACCGAUUCUUACAUUUCGAUUCUGGUUUUGCUCUACAUUUUGGGUUGUUAUUGGAUGUGGAAUCUCUUCAUUUUACUAUUUCAAACCAUAUGCCAUGAACCUCACGAGUUAUGCUGUACAACUUCUCUCAUGGGGUAUGGGAACUCUAAUGGCUGCUUACCUACCAAAAAGAGUCUUCAAUACCUUUGGUUACAAAUGGAGUCUCAAUCCAGGACCAUGGAAUGCAAAGGAACAUGCUCUCGUUGUGGUAGCUUAUUGGGGAAGUUGUUACACAGCAUAUGGUCUCGGUCCACUUUCAGCAAUGGAGUUGUACUAUGGACGUAAGAUGAAUCCUGGUUGGGGAAUUUUGUUUCUCAUCACCACUCAAAUGAUUGGAUACGGAUUCGCAGGACUCUUUCGUGAUAUCCUUGUUCGACCUCCAAAUAUUUACUACCCAGGAGUGUUACCAAACGUAUCUCUUUUUAAUGCUAUGCAUAAGAAUCCCGCAGUUACGAAGAAAUCUCUCAAAUUCUUCGCUAUUGUGGCUUGUUGCGCAUUCUGUUAUGAGUGGCUUCCAUCAGUUAUUUUUCCAUUGUUGAGUUCCAUUCCGUUGAUUUGUUAUUUUGGUCAUGGAAAUUGGAAAGCAUAUUUAAUGGGUUCAGGUUAUUAUGGUUUUGGAAUGCUCGACAUCAGCUUAGAUUGGAACUACGUCGCCUUCUGGUCACCACUCUAUACACCACUCUGGGCAAAUGCAAAUCAAUUUGUUGGUGCAAUGCUAGCCUGUUGGUUUAUAUACCCUCUUUUAUAUUUUACCAAUACUCUCAAUGCCUUGAACUUUACAGCUAUGGGAUCUGGUACAUAUGAUAGCACUGGCGCCUCUUAUAACAUUUCUCGAAUCCUCAAUCCGGAUUAUACACUGAAUCAAGAAGCAAUGGAUGCUUAUUCUAAGCCAUACUGGUCCGCAUCAUAUGCUCUUCAAUUCUUCUUUGGCUUUGCUGCAUCAACUGGUGCUAUGGUAUACGCUGCUUUAUGGUAUGGUAAGCCUGCUUAUCAAGGAAUGAAAGAUGCUUUCAGAAAUCGAAGAAGUAAUUAUGAUGAUCCUUAUCUCAAGCUCAUGGAAGUAUUUCCUCGCGUUCCACAUUGGUGGUAUGGAAUACUCUUGGUUGUUUGUUCUGGACUUGCCAUUGGUCAACUAUAUGGAGGAGAAAUGCAGCUUCCUUGGUGGGGAUUUAUCAUCAUCUCAAUAAUCUCAUGUAUAUUCACAUUCCCAAAUGGAGUCUUAUGGGGUGUCGCCAAUAUGCAAGUUGGAAUGCAAUUUUUGUCAGAAGUCAUUGCUGGAGCCCUUUUCCCAGGAAAACCUCUCGGAGUUCUUACAUGUAUGGUCUACGGUCGACAGAUCUUGGAACAAAAUCUUAAUUUGAUCUCGGACUAUAAAUUUGGUUUCUAUAUGAAAAUUCCAGAAACCGAAAUGUUCAUAGGUCAGGUCUAUGGUACACUUUUGGGCCCCUUUAUCAAUUAUGGCAUGAUGAGAUUUAUUAUCAAUUCUGAAGGUCCCAAAUUGACCGGCGCCGUUGCUUCUCAAGCUUGGAAUGCUGUUAAAACUCGGAAUUACUACUCCCUUUCCGUAAUCUGGGGUGUUCUUGGCCCCAAAAUAUUUUUUGGCGAAGGUUCUAUAUACUCUUGGGUUUAUUAUGGAUUUUUCGUAGGACCUGUGCUCGUCAUUCUCACAUACAUAGUCCAUAAAUGGAAACCUCAAUGGAAGGUUGAAGAGAGAUUCAACCCGACAUUGAUUUGUUUUGGAGCUACCUGGUUUCCGGUUUAUCAAACUACGAAUUUGAUGACUAGUGCUGCUGUUUCAGUAUUCUUCAUGGGCUACGUAUAUCGCUAUCAUCCCAUCUGGUUCAGGAAGUACAAUUACCUUCUGGGAGUUGGUCUAGAUUGUGGCACACAACUUAUGCAAACGGUCAUGGUAUUUGGACUUAAUCUUCCUAAUGCGACAUUUCCAAAUUGGUGGGGAAAUAAUGCAGUCGCUAUUGAUAGAUGUUUUGCACCAGGAAAUAUUCCAGUCAAUGCCAUGGGUUGA